AGAGAAAGAGAGAGAGAGACUGGAAGUGUAGGGAUCUUUGAAUAAGUAGCUCUGGCCUGUCAACAGGUGGCAGAGGCAGAGUUGGUUAGUGACAUUCAGACCUUCAGAGAAAAGAGACAAACGAAAGAUAAAGGAGGAAAAAACGUAGCAAUCCUGGGCGAUGAGCACCGGACUCCUGUGGAGGGCCUUGUGCCUCCUGACCAUACUUUGCACUGUGUCACACCAUGUGUGCUGCAUAGCAAACCAGCCAGAUCCCUCAGUCACAAAACAGGGGCUCACCUUCAGCCACGUCUAUAAGAUUGACGUCCCAGGAAGCUCCAGCUGUACCGUGGAACAUCUGCCAUCCCACGAGACAGGUCUGCAACAAGACACCACAACCAGUGGAGAGAAUGACAUAGUCUUUAAACACAACAUCAGGCUGCAGACACCCAAGUGUAAUUGCGAGGAGUCAGAAAGCUUCAAGAACCUGUUGUACAGAAUCAAUGGACUGGAAGAAGAAGUCAACUACCUAAAGACCCAGUGCACUCAGGGAUGCUGUGGAAGAGGAGGUACUACAGGUGUAGACACAAGCUGCAGUGAUCAUGGUACAUAUCAGCACGACACCUGCAGCUGCCUCUGUAACCCAGGAUGGGAAGGCCCUGAUUGCUCUGUGUCCUCCUGCCCCGAUGAGUGCAGUGACAACGGCCGAUGCAUAGAUGGGAAAUGCGUGUGUUAUGAGGGUUACACAGGAGUAGACUGCAGCCAGAUGACAUGUCCAGCCGACUGCAAUGAUAAAGGGCAGUGCGUGGAUGGAAAAUGUGUGUGUUUCCCUCAUUUUAGUGGUGAGGACUGCAGCAUCCCGAAGUGUCCAAAUGACUGUGUUGGCAAUGGGCAGUGUGUGGAUGGCCAAUGCGUCUGUGAAGAAGGCUUCUAUGGAGAGGACUGUUCUUUAGUCUUCGGACCUCAGGGUCUGCAGUUGGUCCAAGUGACAGAUGUCUCUCUCCUGGUGGAGUGGGAGUCUGUCCGAGGGGCAGAAUAUUACAUGUUAACUUAUCAUCCCAAAUUUGAUGAGGGUGCUAUGGAGCAGGUUCAGAUUCCUAACUCUGAGAAUUCCUACCUUAUUACGGGACUCACUCCAGGUGUUACCUACAUUGUGCAAGUCUAUGCCGUCAUCAAAAAGAUUCAGAGUGAAGCAGAUAUGAUUGAAGCCACCACAGAUGCCUCAACUAUUGAUGAUAUCCGAGUAACUGGCCAGACAGAGGUUUCCAUCCAAGUGGACUGGAAGAACCCACAGGCAGAAGUGGAUUACUUCAGACUGACACAUACUGACCCAUCAGGCCAGGUGGAGGAGCUGAAUGUUCAGAGGAGUCAAGAGGCACGCACCAAACAUACUAUUGUAGGUCUAUAUCCAGGCACAGAGUACCAAAUCUCUGUGCAGUCCAUCAAAGGAAACACAGGAGGAAAAGCUUCUUUUGCCACUGGUGUCACAGAUAUCGAUGCACCAACAAAACUUGUCACAACUAAAGUAACUGAAGACACAGCUACUGUCUCCUGGAAUAAAGUCCACGCGGAAAUCGAAGGCUACAUGUUGCGCUACACAUCUGCUGAAGGCUCUAGCUCAGACAUCUUUGUAGGUCGUGACAGCACCUCCUACAGGCUGGUUGGUUUGAGGCCUGGGGUCCUCCACACAGUCUACAUCUGGGCCUUCAGUGGAGACAAAGUCAGCGGAAAGAGUUCAACAGAAGCUGAAACAGAAAUGGACGCUCCAGCUAAUCUUAUAGCCAGAGACGAAACGGAGUCCAGCUUCAGCCUCUCUUGGGAUCCAGUCCAAGCAGAAAUAGAUGGCUAUAUUCUAACCUACACCGUCCCUGAUGGCUCUAGUAAAGAGAUCAUCGUGGGCCCGGAUAGGACCUCUUAUAUGCUGACUGGUUUGCAGCCCGCAGUCCUCUACACUGUCUACAUGAAAGCCGUGAGGGGGGACAAAACCAGCAGGACAAUCUCAACACAAGCUGAAACAGAACUGGAUGCUCCUGCUAACCUCUUAGCUCGAGAUGAAACAGAGUCCGGCUUCACUGUGUCAUGGGAGCCUGUCCAAGCAGACAUUGAUGGCUACAUGUUAACCUAUAGCUCCUCUGAGGGCUCCGGUGAAGAAAUCCCCAUUGGGUCCACGAUGACCACUCACUCGUUGACAAGCCUAAGGCCUGGAGUUCUCUACACUGUCUACGUCUGGGCCAUCAAGGGGGAAAAAGUGACCCAGAAGAUUUCAACAGUAGCUGAGACAGAAAUCGACUCCCCCAAGGACCUGAAGGCUUCAGAUGUGACGCUGGAUUCAGCUUCUUUGACUUGGGUCCCUCCUCUGGCCGACGUUGAUGGUUAUAUCCUUACCUACAGAGACGAAGAUGGAAACUUGCAGGUUGUUGAAAAAAGACUUGAAGCCAGCAAGAGAAGCUUCACUGCAUCCAGCCUGGAGAUGGGAAAGAGAUACAUUGUCACCAUUGUUGCCUUUAGGGGCAGCAAGAGGAGUAAGGUCGUGCAGACCGUCUUUAAAACAGUUGAAGUUCUGUACCCCUUCCCCAUGGACUGUGUACAAAUAAUGAAGAAUGGCAAUAAAAACAAUGGCAUCUAUAUCGUCUACAUCAACAAUAACCGGUCUAAGCCAAUAGAAGUUUACUGUGACAUGAGCACUGAUGGCGGUGGCUGGCUGGUAUUACAGCGCCGUAAUACCGGCAAUCUGGACUUCAUGAAACGCUGGAAGCAGUACAUAGCAGGUUUUGGCAACCUAACAGAGGAGUUCUGGAUUGGUUUGGAUAAGAUAUAUGAGCUAACCAACACUCCUACGCAGUAUGAGCUUAGGUUUGACUUGGGCCUGGGCUCGGAGAGGACCUACGCUGUAUAUGACAACUUUAAGAUUGCUCCGAUCAGACAGAAGUUCAAGCUCACUAUUGGCAAAUACAGAGGGACAGCAGGUGAUGCCAUGACCUAUCACCAAGGCCGGCCCUGGACCACCAUAGAUUCAGAUAACGACAUCGCUUUGACUAACUGUGCCGUGAGCCACAGAGGAGCAUGGUGGUACAAAAACUGUCACUUGGCCAACCUCAAUGGUAACUGGGGUGACAAAAGGCACAGUAUGGGAGUCAACUGGGAGCCAUGGAAGGGACACGUAACAUCCCUCGAUUUCACUGAGAUGAAGAUUCGACCAGUGGGAGCAUUGUCCAGCAGAAAAAAACGAUCACGGAUGACCAGAGAGAAAAAAAGCAGAGUCUCAAACACCCACAACAAGUAGGAGUGGGGCCGAAAACAGCAGCAGAAGCAGUCAGAGCCAUCAACCUUUGAUCACAGUAGAUUUUGGUGUUUCUGUACAUAUGUAGAUACAGACCUGACCACACAAAGAUUUUGCAGACACAUGUGUCUCAACGUUUGUAUAAUCUUUCAAAAAAGAACUACAGCAACUUAAAACAAUCGACAGUAACUUAUUUUGUUUGUAAGCAAAUCAGAAAUCCAAGGUUUAGUGUGAUUGUGGGAAAAUGCUCCGCAAGAAACUUGCUUGAUGUUAAAAUGAGGUUGAACAACAGCGCGCUAGUUAUAAAUAACAUGUAAUUUUAGAAAAUCAUGUUCUACUGUUAUUUUAGACAAAUUAACUAUAAAGCAGGAAAAAUAUGAUGCCAAAUAAAAAAAAAUUCUCCUAUUGUUAUAUUAUUCCUAACCAUGUUUUAAACUCAUAUCAGUACCCCAGUUUACUUGUAGCUGCAUAUCCUUAGAGCUUUAAGAAAAGGCAACAAAACGACUUGUGUGUUUAAUUAAUGGAUGGUUUGUUGGCUGUUGAAACAUGUGUCCUUACUCUAUUGAUUAUGCUGCCACUGUGCAUCCAACACUGUCAGAUUACAUAAACUGGUAUGACACCAGCCAGAAAAUAACAACUGAUUGCAGCCUCGAAUAGCCAAAUUGCUCCUGCUUUACAUUCAUAUGAUGGCGGACAGCUCAUAUCAAUCAAUGAGACGUGUUCCCAUCAAAUGUCAAUAACAAUGACAUUUGUUUGUGCCGUCCUCGAGAACUGAAUAACCAAACUCCCAUUUUUAAUCUGGAAAGCUGACAGAAGCUAUUAAUGUUGCGCUAGCUUCUACUUUGCUUAAUUAGAUUUUCUUAACACUUUUAUCACAAACACAGUUUAUGUGACAAGGACAUAGACCACAUAAAUCAACCUUUCAGCCAAUCUGCCAUUAUGAAUUUGCAGUUGCUGGACUUCACACAUUUUGUGAUGCUACAAAACUUUCCAUUUUAAUAGUUUGCAGCCAAUUAGAAUCAGAAAAUCUUCAGCUCAGAACUCAAAUAUUACAAUUUUCUUUACUAAAUAUAUUGUUAAACUGACAUUAUAAAUCCUUUUUAACUGUAGUGUCAUUUACACAAAAUAAAUCUUUUUUUGUAUGAGUUCA